AUGAAAAACUGGAAUGGAUGCACUUACUUGCAUGAAUAUCUCAGUUCUGUGGUUUGCUUAUGUUUUGUGCUUCUCUUUGGGUUGCUGUUUUUUGCUUUACUGUUCUACUUUGUAUAUUGUUUUAUGUCAUUUUACCUCUACUUAUACAAGAAAAUAUAUAACAUGCCAGAGGACAUGCAGAACAAUUUAUGGGAUAAUCCAAGGCAUGUAGUUUCUUAUAUACUGUGUCAAAUUGGAAGGAUAUUUCAUGAUUAUGAAGUUAUUGGCAUGGAGAAUGUUCCAAAAGGACCAGGGAUUAUUGUUUUUUAUCAUGGAGCUUUUGGCAAUGACUAUGGGUUUUUUAUAUCUAAUCUGUAUUCAAAGACAGGCAGACUUUGUCAUUCUGUGACUGACAAUAUUAUGUAUCUUCUACCAGGAUUGAGACCCCUGCUUAAUGUGUUGUGUCUCACACGUGGUAGGAAAGCUGAAUGUCUUGAAAUCCUGAAGGCAGGCCAUUUAUUGGGGAUAUCACCUGGUGGAAUGAGAGAAGCACUCUUUAGUGACCAUCACUAUGAACUGAUCUGGGGUAACCGCACAGGCUUUGCUCAACUAGCUUUAGAAGCCAAAGUGCCCAUCAUUCCCCUGUUUACACAAAAUAUUCGUGAAUCAUGCAGAACAGUUGGACGAACACGGUUAUCAAGAUGGUUAUAUGAACGAACUCGAAUAACAUGCCUUCCUGUUUUGGGAUAUUUCCCUGUCAAACUACGUACAUACAUUGGCGAGCCAAUCCCAUAUGAUCCAAAUAUAACUGCACAAGAGUUAGCAGAAAAAACAAAGAUUGCAAUUGAAAAUCUUCGUGAUAGAUACCAAAAAAUACCAGGAAGUAUAUUAACAGCCCUUGCAGAACGAUUUCAGAACCAUCACAAAGAGAACUAG